UUCCGCACGCACAAAAUUAUCUACAGAAGAUAUGCAGGACUCUUCUUUUCAAUGUGUGUUGAUAUCACUGACAAUGAGUUAGCAUACUUGGAAUGCAUCCAUCUAUUUGUGGAGAUACUGGAUCAUUUUUUCAGCAAUGUGUGUGAACUAGAUUUGGUAUUUAAUUUUCACAAGGUAUAUCUCAUAUUGGAUGAGUUCAUUCUUGCUGGUGAGCUUCAAGAAACAAGCAAAAAGGCAAUUAUUGAGAGGAUGGGGGAGUUGGAAAAGCAAGAAUGAAAACUGGAUAAAGAGAAGACUGGGAAUCCAUACUGGAAUUGUUAUUGGUAUACACUGUACCAGUCCAAUUUUGGAGCUGGUUACAUCAUCAUUGCACCUAAGAGGAUUGGGAGGAAAACAAAACAAACAAAAAAAAAAAAAAAGGAAAAGAAAAAGAAAAAGAUGUGUAAUUUGUUCAACGGUUGUUGACUAGCAUGCUCUGUCUCAGUUGCAGGCCUGCACGCAUGCUCCAUCACGCAUGUGUUAUUUGUCAUGUUUUUUUGCAACCUCUGUAUGUCAUCGUUCUUUUCAUGUACCGUAUCUUGAGAUGCGCAUGAAUUUGGAUCAGGCUUUAUGGAUGUUAAAUUUGCUGAUCAGAUCUAUAUUCAGUUCAUA